GCGUCACUGUGGAGGAGGACAGAGUCACAGGGAGGGUCCGUCAGCGGCUACACGGGACACCCGCCCCCGAACUAACCCCUGUAUUUACCAACAACAGCAGGCGUCUGUGUCCCAGCACUGAACCGACUCACCGGACUGAAAACCUGCCUCUACCUCGGCUCCGUACAUGCCCAGAGACACGGCCCGGCAGCCAAGCCAAGGAAGUGGAGACAACAGACGGAAGCGCGCGUGAGAAAAAAAGCGUAAAAAAAAAACCCAAAAUAAACAAACCGACUUAAGCGCACGGAUCAGUGGCCGUUGCCUUUCUCAAUGCAUACCCUUUGUGCCCGGGGAACCAUGAAACCAGAGAUCAACGCCGCCGUCGUAUUUCUGUCGAGAUUUCUGCGGGUAAAAGGACACGUAAACGAUCGACAGGUCCAGACGUUCAACCAAAGCUUACAGGACAUCCUGUCAGAGCAAUACAAGCACCACUGGUUCCCAGACAGGCCAUGCAAGGGUUCAGGUUACCGCUGCAUCCGCAUCAACCACAAGAUGGAUCCCUUGGUGUGGCAGGCGGGCCAGCGCAUCGGCCUGACCAUCCAGCAACUCUACCUGCUGCUGCCCACUGAGCUCACGCUCUGGGUGGACCCCUUCGAGGUGUCCUACCGCAUCGGCGAGGAUGGCUCCAUCUGCGUCCUGUACGAGUCGCAGCCCGGCCCCAUAGGAAUGCCUGUGAGCGCCGCCGCCAGCUCCCCCUCAGGAAACAACGCGUCGGUGAGCCCCAUGGUGGACAGUCACAUCAGCUGCAAGGAGGAACUGAUGGUGCUGGGCAGAACCAGUCCCCCCAAAGCCUACAAUAUGAUGACUGUGUCCAGUUAAAGAGGCGCAUUGUCACCCAGGCCUACUUUUCUUCAGGGUCACGCCAUGCCUGGUCAGAUCACUCGGCCAGAUCAGGGUGAGCCUUUUUAAAGCUAAAAAAUAUGAAAUGAAAUAGUGAAAGAAGAGAAAAGAAAAAGAAAAAAAACAGAGGAUGUGGCCUAUCGUCCAGGUGAUGGAAACCUUGUAGGUUUGAUAUUUUUUACCCUCUCUCCCCCAUUGUCAUCUGUUCUGUUGUGUCAUUGGAUCAGCUGGGCGCUCCGUUUUUUCAGGAGAGGCUUUGUGGAAAUGGAACUGUUGGGGCAGCUAAAAUCAACCAUCCAAAACAGGAACCCCACGGAGACUGGCACCUCCCCCUCCCCUCGACUGUAAACAACACGGUGAUCGGCUCCGUCUCUGAAGGGGCUGUCAUUGACUUUGCACUUUUCUUACUUGUGGUUACUAUGGGUACAUGUUCAACACACCACUGCAAAACACCAAAACCUAAAUUGAAGGAGUUUUUACUUGGACCGACCCCUCAAAUUUCAAAAUCCAGAGGUUUUUCAAUUAGUUUUUCAUUUGUUUGGAGGAGGUGGAGGUUCAGGCUGCAUCUUCUCACUUUCCAAGCUCAAGGUAAAGAAACGCCCAAAUAAGAGCAUCUCUAUUUUCUACAAAAAAAAAACCUUUGGACCACAGGGAGUUUGUUUUCUUUAUCUUGUAGCUAGGAAAAGACUCAGUCUUUACUCCUCCUCCUCCAGCCAUCGUCACCAAGCUCCAGAAAACCUUCAUCUCAACCUUUUUUUCUGCCUGUAUGUAAGUGCAAGUGGAAUGUGUUGGGACACCUGUUACCUAUGGAUACCAGGGUGGCCUGUUGCACUGUCGCCCUCCCAUCGACCCCCCGUGUAUGUGUAGCUUUCUGGCGGGUGAGGGCCAAGGGGCCACAGUCUCCUCCCCCCCACAUUAAAUGAAUGUUGUUGAAAUUCACAAUCAGGUUCCUGUGUUGUAUUAAAUAAAUUUGCCCCCAUUUCUCCCCCACCCACAUUGUCAUCUCCUGCAUCACCAAAAUUCAAAGUGUAGCAAACGAAGGGGGCGCUGUUUUUAACCCAAAUUUCGGUCACGUGGCCCAGUUAGAAUUUGACCUUGAAUGCACUUUGACGUGAGAUUGUGUGGGAUGUGUACUUUUUAAAGAGAAAAUCGCCUGCAUUCCAUCCAUUCGAAUGUCAUGUUUUCACGCCGCUUUUAUCACCCUCUUCAUUUUUAGCCGUUUGUUCAUACUGUAGCUCCCAUGUUCGGGAUAGACUUGACGUCUAUUAAUUCGGGAGUGUGCAACUCUGGAUUUCAAAAACCUGUUUUUUUUAACACUGUAUUUGUGUACAUUUCAGAGCUGUUGAUUUUUUGGUGGUAUGUUAGAAACAUUCUCUCAUCCGUUCAUAUGGCACUGUUUGCUCUGGCAGGAUGCAGAGCUAAGCUGCCCCCCCCUCCUCUCGAACACACACAGAUGGUGAUUUGUGUUAGUCUGAAAGGUCUGGACUAAGUGAUGACUGUGUGAGACUUUGGCCAAAGGGAGGUCUGUAGCACCGACUUUUCAGAGAUUAAUUUUGACUUGAAUUAAAAACACCGGGCCUUGUCAGCCUUCUAUUUUAAUUAGCGUUAGGUAUUUCCGAGGUCUUUAUAAAAGGGAGAGACUUCCUUUUGUGUGCAUCGGAGGUGCAUUGCCUUACGGAGACCUCAUUGUCAUGAAUUGUGAGCCAUUUGUUAUUUUAAACUACAAUAUCAGGCCUAUGUGAGCCAGCCUGGUGCGUUGCGCUGCCCGGACCCUCUCACUGGAGGCGUCCACUUUCCAUUUUGGCAGCUUCCAAUUCAUGCCCCCCUCACCUCUCCUGGUGUCGGGGGAGUUAGAGUGCCUCAAGUGCCACAUAUCACCCCUCAGCUCAGACCUCCUGUUCAGGCAAAAGCAAACCAGCAUGCUGCUAGCUGACCCCCUGUGGACGCAGGUAGACUUAAUGUGACACAUAUCAUCAUCCAUUACUGUGGGGAGUUGGGUAAGGAGGGCAGGGCCGGGGAGCUGGUGUGAUAGAGGGGGGCCCAGGGCCGGACACUCUUUGUCCAGGGCAGCUAAAAUCCCUCCAGCCCCCUCUCUGGACUUUAUUGAACAUCCAGCAUCCCCCACCCUGACCAGAAGCCCUCGACCCUCCCCUCAACAGUGAUGGAUAAAAACCAGCAUACGCUGCACUAGGGGGGCUAGUGAGUGACGAGGAAACGAGGAUCAUAGAUGAAGAAUUGAGGGUGCCAGGCCGUUGUUUUCUGUUUUCAUCUCAGCGGAUUGUGCUGCACUUGAUUACUGAGUUUGAGUAGCAACUGUUUACACACAUAUGUAAGGAUGUGAUGGCUGACUGAUGUACCCCGACUUUGCUCCCGUUUCUGAGGAGGAGUGGUUCUAACAGCGGGCCCGAACAGCUGCGGGGGUGGCUACCGGUGCCGCUCGGCCCGUAGCCACCAGCCAAAUCUGUCACGGCACGCUGGUUCACCGCUCAUCGUCAGACCUCUGGGUGUUUAAGCUCCCCUAAGUCGAGAGGAUCAUGGGUAAUAGAGCUAUAGCCUUUGACGCACUGCAACCCCCUAACCCCCCCUGCUCUCUGCUGAUACUCCCUUCAGCAAUCUGUGAAAAGCAGUGGUUCCAUGUUGGCCAGAUGGAGAGGGGUUCGCUGGGAAAGGAGCCCAGAGCUUUGGUUUCCGUGGUGAACACCAGUUUUAAAAUCGCACCGCUCCAUCACAGCAUUUUUAUGUCAUGUGACAAGAUGUUUUUGAGAUUGGUCUAUAUUUCGGACACGGGAUGAUCAUCUCGUCUCACUUCUCUCUAGAUGUAUUUUGUGGUCCCACUGGUAGAUUUUUGUCAUCUUUCCACUCUGCCAUCCCCAUUCCUCCUCUUUAUCCUCUUUUAAGAGGAUUUUUAGUCUGGUGAUCUAACCUACUUUUAACCGAAUUUGUCUUUAGUGCAGAACAUUUUUUCACAAAGUUAAACCCAAAUCCCCUUCGACACCUUCUCAGCUGUACUACCAUCAUCCAAAAGGGUUUUAAGUGCUCAGUAAUAUUAUUUUAAUGGCACCCGUUCAGCUUGUGCGCACAUAGGUUACAGAAUCGUCGUGAGAGUGCUUUGAGUAGUCAGAGGUAAAAUAGCACAUAAAAUGCACUAAAUAUGUCAAGUCGAAGUUCUGUGACAUUUUUUUUGAGACACGAGAAGUCUCUCCUGGAAUGUAUUGCCAAACUCAGGCCUCGGACAUUCAAUAAAUACCCUUAUGGAAAAGUUGUGCAUGUUAAGACAUGAAGCAGGAAGGGAACAGCAGUUUUGUUGUUGUUGUUGUUGUCAAUAUCGUCAUCGAUUAGUUGAAUUAUUGCCACUUUCACAUUUAAGGUGUUUUACAUAUUGUAGAAUGUAUUGUAACUGUACAACAAAUGGUAGAGUACAUAACAUUACACAUUGGAAGUGCCAAUAAUUGCUAUCCUGAAGUGUUUUUAGGUGUUUUCCUUUUUUGUAUUUCAUCUUUUAACAUGGAUGACGCUUUUCGUAAGUAAAGCCAUUUGUGAUGGGAGUGUUGGCAAGGACCAAAGUUGUUUUGGUAAAAAAAUAUUAGUUUCCAUGAUCUGUAAGUGUAGACGUAUCCUUUGUUUUUUAGUUUUUUCUUGAUUUUUUUUUUUCCUUUUCAGUUUUUUCCUCUUUUUUUUUCUAUUUACGUACAAAACCAGAAAAUAGACAAAAAAAUCUGAGCUUACCCAAGAAGAAAAGCUGUCUAUCUUGUGAUCUCAUGUCAGUACAUCUUUAUCGUGUUCAGUUUUCUUUUCCUUGGGUAUGUUGUGAUGAACUGCUGUAAAUUUGUACAGUUCAUGUAAAUUGAUUGUGCGGAAGUUGUACAGAUUUCUAUAUUUUGGAAGAAAAAGUUUUUUUUUCUCUGUAAUAAAAGAUUUCCUAUCUUGGCAUCAUA